UGCCGUGUUGUAUGGGAACCCCGAGCUGCUCGGAUACACAGCGGCUUUAUAUGCAGUGCUGAUAUUUACCUGAUUAAAACGACAUCAUGCCUCCGAAAAAGAAAGGCACAAAGUCUUCGAAGGGAAAGAGCAGCACUGUAGUCGAUGGACUUUCUACAGAGGACAUGUCGAAGGAGCAGCAUGUUAGGAAGUUCGAGUCAGAGCGCAGGGUCAGCUAUGAUACAGCGCCCCUGGAGCAGAGAGGGUUAAGGGCCUUGCUCGAGGGCCCAAGAGUGGCAGCCUGGCAGCGCAGGGACUUGAACCCCCAACCUUCUGAUCAGUAACCCAGAGCCUUAACCGCCAAGCCUCCACUGUCCCGAGUGUAGAGCUGGAAGAACACAUUAUCCGGCUGCGUGAGGAGCUGGACCGGGAGCGAGAAGAGCGCAAUUACUUCCAGCUGGAAAGAGAUAAGAUACAUACCUUUUGGGAGAUCACCAAAAGACAACUAGAGGAGAAGAAAGCUGAUCUAAGGAACAGAGACAGAGAAAUGGAAGAAGCUGAAGAAAACCAUCAAACUGAGAUCAGGGUGUAUAAGCAGAAGGUUAAACACUUGCUGUAUGAACAGCAAAAUAGCAUUUCAGAGCUUAAGACAGAGGGAGUGGUUGCCACCAAACUCUUGGAGAAAGAGCAGGCAGACCUGGAGAAUGAGCUGUGGAGAGGCAUGCGCAGCCUGAAAGUGGAUGUAAAAGAACAGGAGCUCUCCUACGAGAACUACAUCAAGAACCUGAAACUGAGCCACGAUAAGGAGAUCACCAAGCUGAGAAGUGAAUUUGAGGAAAAAGUACGAGAAAUAGAGGCUACAUAUGAGAAGAAGAUGCAAAAACAGCGACAGGAGCAAGACCUGAGGCGCAAGACUGAAAUCCAUGAGAUCGAGCAAAGGAAGAGCAUCCACAUUAACACGCUGAUAAAGAACCACGAGAAAGCGUUCAGCGAUAUUAAGAACUAUUAUAGUGACAUCACUCUCGGGAGCUUCAACCAAAUCAGCUCGCUUAAGGAGCAAGUGGCUGACAUGAAGAAGAAGGAGGAGAGGUUGGAGAAGGAGAUGGCCGAGGUGCUGCAGCAGAACAAGCGUCUGACGGAGCCACUGCAUAAAGCCACGCAGGAAGUGUCAGAGCUGCAGAAACAGCUCGCCAACUAUAAGAAGGACAAAGCCUUACUGGCUGGAACAAAAGCACGUCUCAAAGUGGCAGAUAAAGAGCUGAAGGACCUGAAAUGGGUGCAUGAAGUGCUGGAACAGAGAUUCAGUAAGGUGCAGCAGGAGCGCGAUGAACUGUACCAGAAGUUCACCAAGGCCAUCCUGGAGGUGCAGCAGAAGAGUGGCUUUAAGAACCUGCUUCUAGAGAGGAAACUGGAAGCUCUUGCAGACACCCUGGAGAAGAAAGAGGCACAGCUUAAUGAGGUCCUUGCUGCCUCUAAUUUAGAGCCCAGUGCUCUGAACGUGGUCACUCGCAAACUGGAGGAAGUGCUGGACUCGAAAAACGUUGCUAUUAAAGAUCUGCAGUAUGAACUGGCUCGUAUGUGUAAGGCGCAUAACGACCUGCUGAGGACUUAUGAGGCGAAACUGAAGGCUUUCGGCAUCCCCGUAGACGAACUGGGCUUUAAACCUCUGGAGACCAGUUUACUAAAACAGACCCUAGGUCAGGGACCAGCCGGCCUGGUGUCUGCCCCUCUCUAACCUCACGGCCUUAUUACUUAUCUACACAAAAAUCAUGGAGGUGUAAACUUUUGAACUUGACCGAAUUAUGAGUCUAUACGUGCAUUUAGAACUUGGAAUUUUUAUUUUUUUUUAUCUGUGCAGGAUUGUCCCUUCGAGAAGUCCCUUCUUAAUCGUUUCUCUUCACAAACCUGAAAUACAUUACAUUCCCCUUUGUCAUUUAUCAGAGAUACAUCAUCAAAGCAAAAAAUCUGUCUGUAUCUAUGCAGUAAAACUGUGCUUAAAAAGAUUAUGCUGAGUGGAACAGGUGACCGGUUCUGGUGUAAUAGAUACUCAUGUGGCCCCUAAUGAUGCCUGCUCUGUUGGGCCAUGAUUGUUUUGCUAGUCAGCACAGGCUAAAAGCAUAUCAUUAUCCUGCGCUGCUCUUUUCACUGAGCCAAUCCUGGAGAAAAUUAGAUGUCAUGGACAUGAAGAAGGGGUGCGGGACGCGUGUAACCAUAGAGACCUGGCCCUGUGUGGCGGGAGCCGCACCAGGAGGAGGGAAAGCGGCCUUACGAUCAGGCUAUAAAGAGGACAUGGGAUCGACUCUUCCUGUGCCAUUACACCAUGACUCCUACACAUGACUCAAGAUGAUUGCAAGCUUUGGGAAUUCAGUCUUGAGAUCUGAAGGACAACAGAUAGCAGCUUCUCCUUACGCAGUUUUAAGUCAGAAAAGCUGUGGUUUGAAUGAUUAGCAUGCUAAUCCUUGCCUCUAAAAUUCAAUUGGAGUAAAACUUGAAUAAAUUAGCACUUCAGGACCAAUGAGUUUUUCCCUAUAUCCUCAUUCUAAAAUCGACUGUAAAUCCACAUUUUAAAGCUGAUAUUUAAAAUACUUUCUUCCCUGGUGGGUUUCGGAGGUGGAGGAGGACGAGGUGGAGGAGAUGGGGGUGGGGUCCCGUCGCGUCUUUGUCACUUAUUUCACCCCUGAUGAUUUUGCAUCCCUGAAACACAAUGUCACGAUACUCUACACACAGAAACCCAGCAGUGUCCAGUCUAAUCUUAUAACAGACUUUCAGCGAUAAAAUGAUUCAUUCGUUUAUACCGAUAGGAAAUGUACGAUAAGUCGAUUUCCAUUCUGCCGGUGGAAUGCGACGCCAGUCUACUGCUAGAAAGGAUUAAACUACUUCAGCAUGUGCACUUGUGUAGUAAAUUCGACACCUGUGGACUCAUCUAGUAAAAGUAUUUCAGCAACGUUCUCCUCUUUAUAUUACUGUCAGUUCUAAAGAUCAACAAAUACUGAUUCCACUACUCUGUAUGCUGCAUAUAGUGCAUUUGUCAGAUUUGCAAAACCUUUGCCAUUGGAAAUACACAUUUAAAAAAAAUAAACGUAUACUCCAUAAGAAAUGGAACUUUUCUUUAUAACCCUGAGGCAGAGACUUGUAAGCUAACAAGCAGAGAGGAUGUUGGAGCAGCAGCUCAUUAAACAGUGCAGUGACUCUUUCAUACUUACUCUCUCUCUCUCUCUCUCUCUCUCUCUCUCUCUCUCUCUCUCUCUCUCUCUCUCUCUCUCUCUCUCUUUCUCUUUUGUCUCUCUGGCGCAAUUACUGAAAAUGGACUUGGGAUGAGGAACCCUGCUAUUGAGCAUCUUGUGUAAACAUUGAGGUGACAUGUCAGAAACGGAGUCUAAGUGUCUCGAUCACAGCCGGACCACUUGUGAAGCAAAAGCAUGAAAUUAGUCCAGGUUUACAAAGCCUUUGAACCUGUAAUAGAUUUGUUUUGAUUGCAGUAGAAUGAGAAUUUCGAAACAUUUAGUGGUAUGAAGUCAUCACGCUCAAGACCUAGAGAGAGCAAUCCAGGCUUUUAGAUAUGACAUGACAUGAUAGUGCUUUGUUCAAACAAUGCCUUAGCCAUGUGAAUCUGCGAGAGACAUAUUUAUUACCAUGUAUGCAAUGUUAAUGUAACUAUAUGGAGUUAUGUGUGUUUUUAGAUUAAUAUAUUUGAUUCUUAAUACUGAUGAUUCAUUUGAGAUCAAGAUCCGAACCUGUCUUUUAGACAGAAGGGAAGGCUCUUUAUCCCCUUUUGGUGUAACAUUCGAUCCUUUCAAUCCUGUACAAUAUUACUUACACUACAGUGCUGUUGAAUACGUAGAGCAUUUUAAUGUGCUUGUUCUGAUAUGUUAUUGUUUCUAUAGUAACAGCUGAUUCAUAGGGGCUUGUAUUUUCUAUGCUCCACUAUAAUCUAAUAAACAGAUGUGCUGUUUAAGCAAAAAUUAA